AUACAAAAAAUUACGUGAACACGAACAGUCAACAAAUUACAAAGUUGUGAACGGAACGGAACGUAACGCCCGCCGGUUGAUCAUGAGCUUAGUGCGUGAAAAUCCAAAAUAGAUUUGUAUUAUUUUAUAAAUUGUGGUGUGACGUAACAAAUCCAAGCGAACUUAACACAAACCCCAAGUUAAACAUUACAGUAUUUUCUUCUGGAGGAAAACUGCAUAGUGGUGACGAAAAAACACUGUAAUGUUUAAAUUUUUGUCCAAUUCCUUGAUAACUCAGGCCAGCUGUCAAGAGGUGGGGGGCUGGUUAUUUAAAACGGGCCGAUACCGACCGACUUCAUGAGAUUUUCCUUAAAUAUGCGACAAUAGAGAAAAAUGGAGAAAAAUAUAUCACUUCAGACGAUUUCGUGCGAAAGUUUCUCGGAUUGUUUGUUGAAGAUGACUACAACAAGGAGUCAGUGCGUCUCAUCGCGGGUAUCGUGGACAUGGACAAGGACGGCUACAUCUCAUUCUCGGAGUUCCAGGCCUUCGAGGGGCUGCUAUGCGUGCCGGACGCGCUCUACAAGACUGCCUUCCAACUGUUCGACACUAACGGCAACGGGCUCGUCGCUUUUGAUGAGUUCGCGGAGGUCAUGCGCAAAACGGCGUUACACAAAAAGCUGCCAUUCAAUAUGGAAAGCACGUUCGUGCGCCUGUAUUUCGGAAAGGACAAGAAACGGCUAGUGACGUACCCUGAGUUCAGUCAGUUCCUCCACGACUUCCACGAAGAGUACGGAGUGGAAGCGUUCAAGAAGUGCGACAAGGAUGGCAGCGGGUUUAUAACGGCGGCCGACUUCCGCGACAUCAUGCUCAACAUCAAGAACCACCUUCUCACCAAGGAUUUGAAGAACAAAGUUAUCAUGGCUGCCGGCUUCCCACAAGGCGAGCGCAAAAUCAGUUUCCCCUACUACAUGGCAUUCAACUCCCUUCUAAACAACAUGGAACUUAUCAAACGAGUUUACCUCAACGCGACCAACGGGCAUCGAACCCAGGAGGUUACCAAGGAGGAGUUCCUGCAUUCAGCGCAAAUGAUGAGCCAGGUCACGCCGCUGGAGGUUGACAUUCUGUUCACAUUAUGCGAUAUGAUCCAUCAAACGAACGGUCGAAUCAUAUACAACGAUCUGAACACCAUAACACCGGAACAGUACUUCAAACAAGUGACACGAAGAGUCGCAGAGAUUAAAGCAGUUUCGAGUCCGGAAGAGAGAGGGAUCUUGAUACAAAUCCUGGAAAGCACAUAUAGGUUCACACUCGGUUCUAUAGCUGGUGCUGUGGGAGCAUCAGCAGUAUACCCCAUAGAUCUAGUGAAGACGCGAAUGCAGAACCAGAGAACUGGCUCAUUCAUCGGUGAAGUUGCAUAUAGAAAUUCUUGGGAUUGCUUCAAGAAGGUCGUUCGACACGAGGGCUUGUUUGGCCUUUACAGAGGACUGGUCCCGCAAUUGAUCGGGGUCGCUCCAGAAAAGGCCAUUAAAUUGACGAUGAAUGACUUAGUACGCGAUAAGUUUAUGGACAAGAAUGGAAAUAUAACGUUACAUGGAGAAAUUAUUGCUGGUGCUUGUGCCGGCGCGUCUCAAGUAGUAUUCACAAAUCCUCUAGAAAUAGUGAAGAUUCGCUUACAAGUGGCGGGCGAGAUUGCGGGUGCGAGCAAAGUGCGCGCCUGGUCCGUAGUGAAGGACUUGGGGCUCUUUGGCCUCUACAAAGGGGCUCGAGCCUGCUUGCUCAGAGAUGUACCCUUUAGUGCUAUCUACUUCCCUGCUUACGCUCAUGUGAAGGCGAAGUUCGCGGAUGAGAACGGGUACAAUCACCCGUUAACUCUUCUAGCAGCGGGAGCUAUCGCCGGCGUGCCCGCCGCCUCGCUAGUCACACCAGCUGACGUCAUCAAGACUAGGUUACAGGUGGUAGCCCGAUCAGGACAAACGACGUACAACGGAGUAAUAGACGCGACGAGAAAGAUCUACGCCGAAGAAGGCGCUAGAGCGUUCUGGAAGGGAGCUAUAGCGCGUGUGUUCCGGUCGUCGCCACAGUUCGCCGUUACUCUCGUCACAUACGAAAUUCUACAACGUCUCUUCUACGUCGAUUUUGGAGGAUCCCGACCGGCGGGCUCGGAACAGACAAUAGCAACGCCAAUAGAAGAGACGUUUAAGAGACCGCAUCACAUUGGUGGCUACCAGGUCGCGAUGCCAGUUCUUACUGGCCUCGAGACCAAAUUCGGCAUCUCUUUGCCGAGGUUCUCUGCAGCCAAGCCGCAAAACACGCAGAAUUAGUGGACUAUUGUGGACUGUGAGUUCCAAUAUUCAUUGGUGGUUACUAAAAUUAUAUAGAUAUGUAAGUGAUUAAAAUAAUAUAAUUAAAUUAAAAAUCAAUUAUUUAUACUGCCCAAGCGAGAGUUGCUUUUGAAUAAAAAUAAUUUAUUAAGAAAAAAUGUGAAGACAGACGUGAGUGAUUUGAAUAUAUUGAGAUUAUAUGUUAUAAUGACUAUAAAAGUUUAAAACAGUGUUUCUUAAUCUUCUACUGUUGACUCUAUGGUACGAGCACCUUAGUACCCGUCCAUUUUAAGGUGGAAGCAACGGGCCUGCCCGCGAAAUUCAAAUUUAACUUGGUUUUUCGCAAUUUGUAAACUAAUACGACAACGUAGGCUUAUGGUAUUUCAAUUGCGACAAUGGCAG